AUGUACCAGCAACGACAGAGAAUAGUAUCUCAACCACCACGCCAACGUCUGCCUCACCAACCUCCAAUGGGACACCCCCAAGGUAAUCCCAUGGGUUAUUCGGGCCAGAUGCCACAACAUCAUCCAUCUGCGGUUCACCAUGUACCAAAACAAUCGCAACAACAACCAAUGUAUGCCGACAAUCAAUAUAUACAGCCUCCUAUUCAAAGACAAGCACCACUCCAUCAGCAACAACCUCCAUCUCAUGUGGUAGUAAAUGCUAGCAGAAACAAUAGUAUGAGAAGUGAUGGUCGUUCUCCAAUUCGAAUUUCUCAACUGCCACUACCACAGCCCUCGCAGCAGCAGCCAUCCCCUUUUUUCAAUUCUCAACAACCUCCUGUAAAAGUAGUCCAUAAUCAGCCAAGCAGAUCAGUAUCAAUGUAUAAUUUACAUAACAAUGCUUAUCUGCCGCCACAGACUCAGCAUCUGCCUUCUCCAGUAGCUAAUAGCCAAAGACAAUCUCCCAUGUAUGCUGUUGGUCCCAGCGUAGCACCUACCAGGACAGUAAGGAAGUUUGUACCAGGGGGAGCAAAAGGAUUGAAGCAGGUAGAAAUACCUAUGUAUACUGCUCCAAUUCAAGAGGGCUUGUAUUAUAAGGAUGAGCCAGUUGAACAACGGACUUACCCUCGUGUCGUAAGACGUACCGUACAGAGACCGGUUUCAAUGGAUAAUCAUCAACCAGGACAAUCAAGUAGAAUGACUAGGUCUGUUUCAUCAAGUAAUUUUCCAAACCAACCCAUCGUUACUUCAAUUAGGCCAAGCAAUUCAUUGCAAGGUGAUUUAUAUUCUUAUACAAAAAACUAUCACCCUACAGCUUCUAAUAGAGAAAAAUUUUCUAAUAGGAACGAUUCAAUGACUUCUUCUAAUUCUUCAAGACCAUCUUUUAUUUUCAACCAAAAACAGUAUGAUAAUAACGGAACUCAUCCAGUAAGACAGCUACACUCAUCAACUAAAAGACACUCUAAUAACACUAGAUCACCGAUGUUGACUGAAGAAACUGAUCAAGAUUUAUUAGGUGAUGAUAAAUUUAUGGAUUUUAAUACUAAUGACUCAGAUAUUAAAACUUCUUUGGACCCAAUCCCUAAUUCAUCCACCUAUAAUAGAAAAUAUAGAUCAUUUUUAAUACCAGAGGAAGAGGAAGAAGAAUUAAAACAAAAUAAAGAUAUACCCUCUCAAAGGAAACAAAAAAUAGAUGAAGAUGAUGACUCAAGUCCAACAAAACCCAUUAAGCCAGAUAAUGAAAUGCUAGAUUUAUUAUCAAAUACUUUUAAUUUACAAUCUUUUAUGAAUGAUAAUACCGCUAGUUCUUCAAAAGAUACUCCCAAUAAAUCCCCUUCACCAAAAAAUGAAAUUGAUUCAGAAUUGAAAGAACGCAUUAAUAAAAAACUAGAUUCAACACUGAAUAAUGAUAGCUUACAUGACGAUCUUUUAAAUUCAAAUAUUUUUAACUUUAAUUUCGAUUCAACACCAAUUAAAUCACCAAAUAAUAAACAGAAAAACUUUGAAACAUAUUCAACUGUUGGCUAUACUUUUGAAGAUACUAAUUCAGUUUAUUCAAGUAGAUUACCAAAACAUCCUGAAUUAGAGAAGAAUCAUUUCAUUAAUUAUCCUGAAGAAGAGGUAGAAGGAGAAGAAUAUUAUCCAGCUAGAUUUACCAAUGAAAAACCUUUAAAUAUUCGUCCGCCAAGAAUUAAUAAUUAUAACCAAUACAAUACAGACAAGAGAUACCAUGAUCCAACAAUGAUUGAAGAUGCUAUUGAAAGCGGUGAGGAUACUGAAGAUACAGAUACACUAUCAAUGUAUAGUGCAAGAAGUGGUAGAUCUACAAAAAGCAACCACCAAAUUUCAAGAAGAUUGAAGAAACCAUCUUCUUCAUCUCGUUUAACAAGAAUAUCAAGUACUUCAGGGCUAAAUACUAAGAAAAAGAAAAGCACGCCCCAUCUGAAGAGUAAAAAAAGUGAUUCUCAUUUAAAAACGAAAAAGAGUGAGGCUCAUUUGAAGACUAAAAAAAGUGAUUCUGGUUUAAGAACUAAAAAAAGCGAUUCCCAUUUGAAGACUAAAAAAAUUGAUUCUCAUUUGAAGACUAAAAAAAGCGAUUCCCAUUUGAAGACUAAAAAAAGUGAUUCUCAUUUGAAGACUAAAAAAAGUGAUUCUCAUUUGAAGACUAAAAAGAGUAAUUCUCAUUUGAGGACUAAAAAGAGCACCUCUUCUUUAAAGCCUAAGAAAAAGAAAAAACAUCAUAAACACUCUACUACUCCAUCUUCAUCAAAUAUUGUGUAUUACGAAGAAGAUGAAGAUGAUCUUAUUGCAAAGGGUGAUAGAAGAGAUAUUAAUGAUAAACAAAGUGAUGUUAAUGACAUUGACCAAUUCCUGGAUACUUUAGAUUACCCUUCAGAAAGUGAUAAUGAUUCAAUUACUUCUGAGAUUUAUUCAGAUACCGAGGCAGAUUCGAGAAUGAAUUCAAAUUCUUCAAGAAAGACUAACGUUAAUAAGAAGAAUGUUAAUUCCACGGUCUCUUCAAGAAAAGAGUUCCAGAAUUAUCAAGAACCAAAAUCUACAAGUAAAAGAGAAUUACUUGCUGUUAAAAAGCAAAAAUCUCAUCAUCAACGCCAUCAUAGCACCAAUCUGUCGUCAUCUGAAUAUAACAAUGAAAAUAAUGAAACUACAAUAAUAUCUGCCACACUCACUCCGCGUAGCUUUCGUCGUCCUGCUGGAAAGACGGUGGUUUCCAAAAAAGUAAAAGAUCCAAAUCGUAGCUAUUCGCUGACUUCUACCACCUCUCACCAUACGAAAAAAUUAAAUAAUGAAUACAAUGAUGUUUCUCCAAUUAUUAUUCCAGAUAUUGAUCUAUCAGAGGAAUAUGAUGAACUAUAUAACAAUCCAGUCAACACUUUUAUGAACACGAAAGAAAAUUCCACAUCAACAAAUACGUUUCCCAAUAAUAAUAAUAAUAAAAGCAAUAUAAAGCAAAGACAUGAGUCAAGAAAAUUAGUAACUGAAAGACAAAUGUUGCAGAACCACAGCAUUAACCAAAGCCUUGACCAAAACCAGGUUUCAAAUAAGGGCCAAGACUUUGAUGAAUCACAGCUUCUCGAUGAUUCUCUGGUAAGCAAUAAAGAUAAUGGAUACACGAAUGAGAGCAGAUUUAUUACAGAACAACCAACAACCAAGAAAAAUAUUACUAGAAAUAAUACUCAGUUAUACUCUCCAUAUCACGCACAAGCACAAAUGAAAUCAGAAUCUCAAUAUCAACAGCAGACACAAGGUGAAAUACAACAAAUUCAGAUGGAUCAACAAUUGCAACAACAGCAAUUUUCCUCUCCAAAUCAUAAAUUACAAUAUCCAGUCAAAUCUGCAUUAAAGAAAACAGUUCCUAAUGUGACUGAUAGUUUGGGAGAUAUGAAUCCUGAAAAUGAUUCUGGCUUGAUGAAACACAAAAAAAAUCCAAACAUCAUUGUUAAUACAAAUAAUCAAGCCUUCAUUAAAUUAAGCACUGCUGAAAAUACAAGACUAAAUGCACAAUUAAGUAAGGAUUCCAUCAAACGUAGAUCUAACGCUUUAGGAAGCAAAAGUAGAAAUGGAAACAAUUCUAGAGACUUAAAUAAGAAACCAUCAGUGUCGAACAUGAGAAAAAGCGUAUCAAAUUCUAAUUUGAACGCCCAAAUUAGCCCUAAUAGAAAAUAUAAUGUUUUAAAUUCCCAACAAAAGAAUAACUCACUGACUUCAAAUUCAAAUGGAUUUAAAGUGAAGACUUUAAGGGAUGAAAAUUUUGGAAUUUCAUCUAAUGGAAAUAACUAUCGUGAAAAUGAUAUGGAGUCUAUUAGGAGUGGGUGGACAUCUAGGUUUGGUGAUUCUGAUUCUGAAGAAGAAUUUGAAAAUGUUGAUUUCAGUAUUGGUAAUGAUACACAAAAAUCUUCAACUCCGAAGUUAAAUAAGCCUAGAAGUACUAAUAAUAAUAAUAAUUCAAAUGGCGGUGGUUUUGGAUUUAACAAGCAAAUUAACAAUACUAAAUCACCUCGCAGAAUCACUUUGAGAGAUGAGGCUUUAGUUGGAGGUAGUAAUAACAAUACUACUAGUCCAAAUAGAGUGGGUGGCGGUGAACAUAGACUAGGCCAAAAUAGAUUCUAUGACAGCGAUGACGGCAGUAAGCCAAAUGGGUUUGGAAAUAAAUUAAAGAAAUUAUUUGGCCGCAAGAAAUAA